AUGGCAUGGCUGAAGUAUGAAGAUGUACCUAUUAUUAGGGGUUUGCCGGCAUCAACAGGGAUAAAGAAUGCCGUUAACAUGGUUACCAUGAGGAUCUCCAUCGCGCCUACAUUGCACAGUCGAAAAACAGAGUUUGUAUUCACCAGUUUAGAGUUGUACCCAACAACACCUGAUACUCAUCACGUCAAAUCACGAAGUCACACAGCUACCUCACCAUUACAUUGUCUUAUGAUCAUAGUACAACACACGACGAGCUCAUGUCGGCAACUAUAA